AUGAAGUUAAAUGAGGUGUUCGGUGACAGGACGAGGAUCUGUGUCGCGGCCACUCAAGGUGGUCGUGCGCACAUGGAGGAUCGGAUUGCUGUUGAGGUCGUGCGUGGGGAUAAUGGCAUCGUCUCAUACACCUUCCUUGCUGUUUAUGACGGCCAUGGUGGUGGAGAGGCUUCGACUUUCGCAAGGGACUACCUUCACUAUCAUCUGCAGAAGGACCCACUGUUCGCAUCAGAUGAUGAUGACGAUAUUCUGAAAGCUAUCUGGAGGAGCUUUGUCCAAACGCACCAGGGGAUGCAACGGGUUGUCGACAUAUGGGACAAAACGGGCUCUGGUUAUCGUAGCACGGCUGGCACCACCGCAUCAGUUGCUAUUAUCAAGAACGGGAAGCUCUAUGUGGGCCAUGUAGGCGAUUCGCAAAUUACACUCGGCAAACGCUAUAGGUUUCAAGAUGUCAAAACUAACACGGUGCAGUGCGUGACGAGCGGCUUUGCGAUUACAGAGGACCACAAGCCUAACUAUGAUCCCGAACUCUCCCGCAUCCAUGCUGUCGGUGGACGAGUUGCUAGGAAGGAGAACGUGGCUCGUGUCGUUUGGAAGCGCGAAGCCCCAAAGAUGCAUCCAGGCAGCCCAACUAAAUACGAAUACAUUCCAUUUCUGGCGGUUGGCCGUGCUCUUGGCGAUUUGUGGUCUUGGAACCCAGAGACGAAUAAGUACGUCGUUUCCCCGUACCCUGAUGUGUCUGUAUACACGCUUGAUCCGGAAGAAGAUGUCUGUUUGGUUCUGGCUUCGGACGGGCUCACCGGUGUGCUCAGAGAACCUUAUUUGUUACCUGGGAUGAUCGACGAAUGUGAACACUUUACUUCGGAGAUAACUAACGCCGAUGCAUUGGAACGCACCAAAGUGUCCAGCUUCAAGAACCCGGCAAGGUAUCUACUGCAACAGGUCAUGCAGCGCAGCAGAGCUCGCGCGGAUAACGUUUCUGUGGUCACGGUGGUCUUUGAUCAUUUGGAUGCUGUGUUUCCCCUUGGGGGUAACCUUGUAAAUAGCAUUGGAUGUGAUACCUCCAUCGACCGUCUUUUGCGGGAGAACCCGGAUUCCAUGCUGGCUGUCCACACGCACUCUAGCUAUCUCUUUGAUACUGAAUACGUACCUAUCCGUUUCAACGACCCGGAAUACAAAGACUAUAAGACUGACUACGAAGGCCCAGGAUUUGUCUCAAAUGCGGAUGAGGCUAUGGCUGCACGGGCGUGGGACACUGUCAUGGAGGAGGAUUCCGUGGAAGAGGAUGCUGUGGAGAAGGUUACGGCGGCCAUUGCCGAAGCUCCAAUUGUCGAUCAUGAAAAGCUGUGGAAUGAGACUUAUGCGACUGUGCGCCGGAUGCAGUUUGCUGAAUGGCCAAAUGACAGUGUGGGCAAGUUUGGGCCAGAUAUUUGGUCGGAAGUGACACCGAUUUCUGAUGAUGCCGUCCAAGACGAUUCUUCUGGACCGGUCACCAGAAGCCGUGGCAAGCCUAACAUCGCCCUGACCGGCCGAACCGUCAAGAAAACGCCGUCUCCAAAGAACAAGAAAAAGCCAAUACGGUCUGCUGCUGACUACUUGAAGUCACGUGAAGGCGUCGCCAUGACCCCGAGCAGAAAACGUACGCAUGAGGGUCAGCCACGCAAUUCAGCCGAAAGUGGCCUAACACCACAUAUCUCCGUUAUGAACGUCAACAAUACCAAAGCUAUGAAAGUCGGAGCUGAAGCUGAGAGCGUGAUAUCGCUGAGUGGAACUUUGAAUCAAUCCUACGCCAAGGCCUCAUCUUCGGCUGAGCCUGACGCCAAGAAUGUCGUACAGAUUGUAGCGAUUGACCAAUCGGCUCUCGUAUGCACCCCGCAGAAGACACGCUCGCCAGCCCGCCCAAAUCGCAAAUUGACAUCUGCUCUUCGUAUGAAAAAUCGCACAGGACUACGCAACACACCGAAGCUGCCCCCCGGCGUGCCAGAGAUUACUAUCCAGCAGCGUUCGACACUGAGCCGCUCGUUCUGUGAGCCCGGCUCGCCCCUUCCCCGUUCUACCAAGGAUCCCGUAUGGACGCCGCCCCGUCCCCGCAUCUCCUACAGCACUUCCGCCAUCGACGAGCUGAAGAAAACAACUACUUUCGAUCCCGACGCCCAGGAGCCGGCCACGAAGCGCUCUCGCCUUUGGAAAUUCCUCAAGGGCUUUAUUGGCCUG